AAUUAUUCAGGUUAGCGCCAGUCGAAAAGGCGCCGAAGACCGCCGCCCCGCGUCAGACUCGAAUGGACUUUCGACCGCAAAGUGUUCUAACGUCUGCGUCAGUCCUCACGUGAGGAGCAAAAACUCGCGGGAAAUCGGCACGGAUGAAAUGGGGAACGCCGCCAAAACGAAGCCAGCGGAACGGAGCCGCCCCAUCAGGACUUUCCACAGGAUUUCCCCCUCGGAGAUCGAAAUCUCGGGCCUCAACGUCGUCCUCGAUCGUGGAUCUAAUCUCGCACGAAGGGUGAUCUGGGCCUUCAUCUUGGUCGUCUGCUUCGGAUUGAUGCUGGCUCAAUGCCUGGACCGACUCUUCACCUUCUUAUCCGGACCGAUCGCAGUCACGAUCCAAGUGACCCGGAACGAAUCGCUCAACUUCCCGGCGGUCACCAUCUGCAGCAGUAUCGACGAGGCGGUGGACCGAUUCGACGGGAAUCGAGUCGAGGAUUUGUGGAAUCGGGAAUUCGGAGCUUCGAAAUAUCCCGGAAUAUGGAAGGCAACCCGAAUCCUCUCCGAGAAACUCGGCGGCGCUGAGUUUUGGGAACUCGCAACCUACAACAUCUCGAGCAUCAUCGCCAGCUUCGAUGUGGGGAAUUUGGAUCAUCUUCGUGCAUAUUUUCCCGACGGGGUGAAGAAGCAUCAGCGUAAACAGAAUUUCACUUUUGACUACAACUUCGGAUUCGGAAUUUUGGGGGUUCUCCUUACGAGGACUCAUUUGACAUCUCGUGUUAACGAUCUCAUGUUCCUCAUUGAAGUUCACGAGAGGCAGGAAAAGGCUAUCGACAGAGAGGAUGGAGAGAGAGGGAAGACCGAAGAAGCAUGGAGUGCCACGGUCCACAUGCAGCAGGACUUGCCAAUCGUGUCGGCCUUCAUGCAAGGCGAGGGGGUUCGGAAGAACCAGGACAAGUACAUUGGGGUCUCGAUCCGAAACUUUACGGGUAAAAUCAAAGCUCUCAUCGGGGAUAAAAAGCGGAAAUGGGAUGCGUACAAGCGGACGGGAGAUAGCACGGACCAUGAGGAAUAUAGGAGGAUCACGCGGAAGUCGAAGCGGGAAAUUCGAUCUGCGAGACGGGAGCGAGAGGAACGGCUGGCUAGCGAUGCUAAGAAGAACCCUAAGGCUUUUUAUCGGUAUGCUAGUGGUAGGUGUCGACAGUCGAUCGGGCCGCUAAUGAACGAAAAGAGGGAGUCGAUUGCAAGCGAUAAGGAUACGGCCAGUAUACUUAACGAGUUCUUCGCUUCCGUUUUCACUGUGGAAUCCGACUCGGCACCGACUUUGGAGGAGGUGACCUCGGCUCGCAUCGAGGAUAUUUCCAUCACCGAGGAGACGAUCGUGAAUAUGAUAGGGAAGUUAAAGUUUGAAAUAGUGAGCAGAGGCGACCACCCAUGCGUGAAGGACCCCACUUAUUCUCGAUCGGCAUGUCAGCUGGCUUGUUACGAGAAGGAUCUUCUCAACAGAACCAACUGCAGCCUGCCGUUCAUGAACACCUCGGCUAAGGCGUGCAAAGGCGGGGAAGAGUUCAUGCGUGCCUCGAACCUGAGCAUCCGGAUGCUGGACGGGAGAGACCGUAAUAUUCCGACCUGGAACCCUGACAAAUGUGGAUGCCACAUGCCGUGCAAGCAGAGUCUGUAUGAAUUCUCUCCCGAUUCUCGGAGUCGACAGGACAAUCACUCCGUCACUCGGGUCUUUUAUCUGGACAUGACCUACGAGGAGAUCAAAGAGGAACCCAGUUAUGACAUCAUCUCCCUCCUAUGCGAUCUCGGAGGGACUCUUGGAUUGCUCUUAGGAGCUUCAGAUCCUGGAAUGGAGCAUCAGCACGGCAACCGCUUGGGUCCUGAGCUCUCGAUCGGCACCCCCGACCAUACGUCCGAAAGUUUAGCAGCUUGA